UUUUUUUUUUUUUUUUGAGACAGAGUCUUGCUCUGUCACCCAGGCUGGAGUGCACUGGUGUGAUCUCAGCUCAUUGCAACCUCUGCCUCCUAGGUUCAAGCAGUUCUCUGCCUCAGCCUCCCAAGUAGCUGGAAUUACAGGCACCUGCCAUCACACCCAGUUAGUUUUUGUAUUUUUAGUACAUACAGGGUUUCACUAUCUUGGCCAGGCUGGUCUUGAACUCUUGACCUCAUGAUCCACCUGCCUCAGCCUCCCAAAGUGCUGGGAUUACAGGCUUGAGCCACCACACCCAGCCUGGUGCAAUGUUCUUAAAAUUACUAAUUUCUAAAGUAGCAGCUCUGUGUCUUAGGUUUUCUUAUCAGUGAAAUUGCUACAGACCCCAUAGUGAUGCAAAUGUCAACAAACGUUCUAUGCAAGCUAUCUGCUCAUCAACAACUUCCUUGAGCAACAGAAGUGCAGUACUUAAAUUUCCAUUAAAUACUUGUUUUUUAGCUCAUCACUCCAAAAGGAUUUAUUGCAAAUUCUUUAAGUAUUGCCAAAUGAUAAAAUAAACAUAGUUUUGGAUUUAUGCCCUGCAAAAAAUGACCAAACUAUUGUAACAAGAGCCUCCAGCCUCCUCCAUAUUAUGCUCUGGGUGGGGACUGCUCGGCUUCCAUGUGCCAUGGACAUUUCACAACCACUAAAUCAUAAUUUCCCAUGUCUCCUGUUGAUCUGUCAAACAGCAGCUGUGCAACUUCUGCUCUUUUAUCUACUCUCUCCCUUGGUGACUUCAUCCAGCCUGUGGCUUUAAAUGCCAUUCCUGUAGUUACAACUCCCAGUUAUGUCUCAUCAUCCCAGAUCUUGUCCCUGAAUACCACACUUGUCUAUCUAAUUGCCUGCCGGAUGUCCCCAUGUGAUGUCCAAUUUAUAUCUCAACCUCAACAAUUCCAAAGUUGAACUCCUGUUCUUCCCCACCCCCCACAAAAAAAAACUGCUUCAUCUUCAUUCUGUCACCUUCAUUUCAGCUGAUGACAACUUCAUACUUCCCGGUGUUCAGUCCAAAAACCUUGGCAUUGUCCGAUUUCUCCUUUCUCCCACCCAGAUCCAACUGAAAAUCAUGGUGUUACUACCUGCAAAACACCUCUAGAGUUUGAUCACUUGAUCACUUCUCACCACCUGCACUGCUACUCUCCCCAGCUGUCACCCGCCAGCAUGUUUAUUUAGUGUGUGUAUUGUUUAUCAACUCCUUCCUCCUACUAGGCUUAUACGCACACUGAGAGCAGGGAUUUUUGCCUGCUGUAUUCACUGCUUUGUCCUAAAUACCUAGAACAGUGCCUGGCACGUAGUACAUUCUCAGUAAAUACUUGUUUAGCAAAUAAAUGACUGGAGGAACCAGUGAAUUAUACCCCGGUGUGAAUAACUCCAUGUGAGUGACAUGACAGAAUGUCACAGCUAGAAGGGCCUCUUGAGGACAUCAUGUCUUCCUUAGAUGAGGAAAGUCAGGCUCAGAGACAUGAACUGACUCUUCCAAGGUUCCACAGCCAAAUAUGCUCUUCCAAGGUUAAUUCCGUGCUACACAAUAGCUUUUGUUGGUAUCUGUGAGGCUUUGCAAGUUGAAGGAAUCUCAGGUGUCACCCAGUAAUAACAAUCAUGAUGGUGCCAACUAACAUUUGCCAUGUGCUUACGAUAAGUCAGGAACCCUGCUAAGCACUGGGUGUAUAUUAACCUACCCAACCUGGGGAAGAAUGUUUAGGCUCUGAAGAUCAUCUGGGGCCCCAUAAAUCCCACAGUGUAGGCAGCUGCUCACUCUGUGGAUAGUAUUCUGUGGAUCCCUGAGCUGGCUGUGGCCAGUUUUGCUGGCAGGAGGCCACAAAGCCAUGAGCACAGGAUGGGAUCUACCCCUCGUGGGACCACAGAGGGCUGGGAGACACAGUCUUCCCUGUGGAAAGAGACAGAGCUUUCUAUCCCUAUCCCGGUGAAACUCAGCAUGGGAGCAUGGGAGGCAGGUCAGCUGCGUGGCUAUGAACAUGAGCUAUGGGUGCGUGCAGACCAAGAUUCAUAGUGUAUACUGUACCCACCAGCUGUAGCUCCUCCAGCAAGCGUGGGAGGCCAGUCAGCUGCAUGACUGUGAGCAUGGCCUCUGGGGUUCAUGCAGAUCAAGGUUCCUAGCGCAGCACUGUAACCACCACCUAGGUCUUCGACAAGCUGGUUAACUUCUCUGAGCCUCACUUUGUCAUUCACCAAGUGGGGACAGGUGCAGCAGAAGCAGACAGAAGCACAGGAUCUCGAUCAGGCUCUUGAAUCAGACUGCCUGGGUUUGAAUCCAGGCCCUACUGACCAGCUGUGUGACCUCAGACAGGCGACUCCGGGUCUCAGCACUCAAUUUUCUAAUUGGCCAACUGGAGAUGACAAUGGCCCCUACCUCGAAUGGCUGCCAGGAAGAUUAAAUGAGAAAAUACUUAAAUGUGAAACACUUAGAAUGGCGCCUGGAACACAGAGACCAUUAAUACCAUCUAACAGAUGUUAGUUGUUAUCCUUAUUUAUUACUCAUGCUUUUCUUUCUAACUUUUCUCUCUCUCUCUCUCUUUUUUUUUUUGUUGUUGUUGAGACAGGGUCUCAGUCUGUUGGCCCAGACUGAAGUGCAGUGGCACAAUCAUAGCUCACUGAAGCCUCGACCUUCCAGGCUCAAACGAUCCUCCCACCUCAGCCUCUCAAGUUGCUGGGACCACAGGUCACUGUGCAUGGCAUCAUCCUGGCCUCCUCUAGAGCUCCAAUCCUCCAACCAGAGCCAGCUCUUCCCUCAAAAUGCUACGGCCUGUGACAAUGCUCCAGAAGCCUGGGACCUGCUACACAGAGUACUGCCGACAUUUAUCAUCUCCAUCUGUUUCUUCGGCCUCCUAGGGAACCUUUUUGUGCUGUUGGUCCUCCUCCUGCCCCGGCGGCGACUGAACGUGGCAGAAAUCUACCUGGCCAACCUGGCGGCCUCUGAUCUGGUGUUUGUCUUGGGCUUGCCCUUCUGGGCAGAGAAUAUCUGGAACCAGUUUAACUGGCCUUUCGGAGACCUCCUCUGCAGUGUCAUCAACGGGGUCAUCAAGGCCAAUUUGUUCAUCAGCAUCUUCCUGGUGGUGGCCAUCAGCCAGGAUCGCUACCGCGUGCUGGUGCACCCUAUGGCCAGCCGGAGGCAGCAGCGGCGGAGGCAGGCCCGGGUUACCUGCGUGCUCAUCUGGGUUGUGGGGGGCCUCUUGAGCAUCCCCACAUUCCUGCUGCGAUCCAUCCAAGCCGUCCCAGAUCUGAACAUCACCGCCUGCAUCCUGCUCCUCCCCCAUGAGGGCUGGAACUUUGCAAGGAUUGUGGAGUUAAAUAUUCUGGGUUUCCUCCUACCACUGGCCGCAAUCAUCUUCUUCAACUACCACAUCCUGGCCUCCCUGCGAGGGCGGGAGGAGGUCAGCAGGGCAAGGUGCGGGGGCAGCAAGGAUAGCAAGACUACAGCGCUGAUCUUCACGCUCGUGGUUGCCUUCCUGGCCUGCUGGGCCCCUUACCACUUCUUUGCCUUCCUGGAAUUCUUAUUCCAGGUGCAGGCAGUCCGAGGCUGCUUUUGGGAGGACUUCAUUGACCUGGGCCUGCAAUUGGCUAACUUCUUUGCCUUCACUAACAGCUCCCUGAAUCCAGUAAUUUAUGUCUUUGUGGGCCGGCUCUUUAGGACCAAGGUCUGGGAACUUUAUAAACAAUGCACCCCUAAAAGUCUUGCUCCAAUAUCUUCAUCCCAUAGGAAAGAAAUCUUCCAACUUUUCUGGCGGAAUUAAAACAGCAUUGAACCAAGAA